AUGACGCUGAAACAGCUGUACGUGCUGUACCAGAACGCAUCCAGAAAAAGCGUUAGGACCGGAGGACGCAGGAGCAGCAGCCUCACGGCGGGACGGCGCACACGAUUCACCCUCCGUUUGCGAUGGCGCCUGACGCCCCGAGGGAAAAGGAGAAACCGCCAAGGGGAAACAAGCCGCCUCGCCUCCCAGAUCAGGAGACUCUACGGAGCAAACAGGCGGCCUAAAAAGCCGUUUUGGCUCUGUCUGACGGAGUUUGUGGUGGGCUCGUUGAUCUACGAGGAGUGUUUUCGCAUGAACGAUGGCUUCUCCAAUUAUUUGAUGGAUACAACUCAAGAAAGUUACCUGGACCUGUUUCCUUUAGAUAUAAUUGUUUACCUCACUCCUGACUCUGAGAAUGUCCUUGAAGAUAUUGAUCCAAAGAAAGUGUACGUCCUUGGAGGCCUGGUGGAUGAAAGUAUUCACAAGAAGCUGACUCUGCAAAGGGCGCAGGAGCAGUCCUUGCAAACAGCCCGCCUCCCCAUUCGCGAGUACAUGGUGAAAAACGUUAACACCAAGAACUACCACUCAGAGACGCUGGCAAUUAAUCAAGUUUUUGAUGUCUUGUCAACUUACUAUGAGACCCGAAGCUGGCCAGCAGCCUUGAAAGCUGGAGUCUCUUCUGGAAAAGGCUAUGUGCUACCAGAUACAGUGAAAUAA